GGUAAACGGGAGAACUUCCACAUCCACGGGAAAAAUGGAGGCUCGUAUACGUUAAUAUGAGAUAUACCCGCGGCAUUUGAGAAGAAAUUUCUCCCUUGUAUUUGAAUAGAGUCGCGCGUUGUCGCACGAAUUCGUUAAAUCCGUUCAUCAUCUUCCGAAAUCGGUCGACACGCAAGAGAUGAACGUCGAGCUUGACGAGUAAAAUGAAGGAGAGACACGCGAUCUCUCUGGACACUGUGGUAUAUCUAUCUGGAAAACAUUACCAUUGUUUCUACGGAUUUUUUCUCCUCAUACUUGAUAAUCUUAUUACGCUCUGCGUGAAUAGAUCGGACAAAGCUCUGUAAUUUGAGCAAGUGUAACUCUUUAGGAUAUGAUUUGUAUCAAAAAUGAGAUCUCUGCAGACCAAGAAUAAGAACAGGAAGAAGAAUGAGAAACUUGGUAAAAUAAAGUUUUCUACCAAGGAUAGUCUAGUUAGUCCUGAUUUGUCCAGCUUACGCAAACCAAUUGAUACAAGUGUAUCCGAUCUUUACCAAGUUAGUAAACUCCUUGAGAAUGGCACUGAUGAGGUUAAAUCUAUCUUAUCAUAUGAAUGCAAUAUUAUAUAUGAGUGCCGUACUUGCCACAGUUUAUUUAGGAGUAUUGUAAAUUUGAUAUCCCAUAAAAGAGAAUAUUGCAAGAAAAAAUUUGAUGUUACACUUCAUAGGAAUAUUUUGCACAAUUCGCACUCUAGUAAAGAAUCAAUAAUUCAAAUGUUUAAAAAGGACCAGACAAUAAUUAAGGAUAAUAUUAAGAAUGAUAGAAUACUUAGGAGUCAGGUGUCAAAAGAAUCACAUAAAAAAGAUCUGAGUAAGGUAAUAGAUAUACUCAACAAAAGAAAAGAAGAAAAUAUGAAUAAUAAUCUCUCGAGUGAAUUGAAAGACACAAAUUUUGACACUCCAAUUGACCAGCACAUUUAUUUGGAAUCUAUAAACACAAAUUGUUCUGCGGUAUAUCAAACUGUCAAAUCAUCAAACACAGAAGUUAAUACUGCAAAUUUAAUGAAAGGACAACUAGCAAAAGUACAAGCCAUGAUAGAUCAGAAUACAGUCAUAUUAGAAAGAGAAACCUGUGAAAAUCAAGAAGAAAAGAGUGAUAGUCCUAUUCAAACGAAUAUAAGUGAUGAGGAGAAUGAAUUAUUAGCAGAUAGAUUAUCUACAAAUAACUUGGCUUGCACAAUAUGUAAUGCAAAAUUUUCAACAAAGAAGACAUUAACUUUUCAUAUGAAAACAUUGCAUACAUCUCAGCGCUUAUGUUAUCCUUGUCCUUUCUGCACAAAUAUAUUUACAAAUUCAUGGAGCGUUUAUCGGCAUUUAUAUAAAGUUCAUAAAAAAACUAAUGAACAAGUGCGUAAAUUAAGAUCACACAUUCAAGAAAAAGCAUUUCAUAGAGAAACAACUAUAAUGGAAGAUUUAGAGAAUGCUCAUACAAUUAAAACUUCUACUUUGGAAAAUGUGAUAACAAAGGAUAAUGAUAAAACUCAGAAAUCAAUGAAUCAUAUAGAAUCUACUGUAAAGCCUCAAAGUUAUAAUAGACGUAAAAAAAGAUUGAAUAGAAAAAUAACUCUAUCAAUUCCUUUGCAAACAAUUGCUACAUGUGAUGAAUCUACAUGUGAUGAAACUACGAUCAGACAAUCUAAUGAAACAUUAUCAAAUUCAACAUCUAAUAAUAUAUUGUGUAAAGCAGAAGACAUCGCUGAAACAAUAGAUAUAAAACAUGAAGUAAUAGACAUAAAACCACACGAUAUUCAUUCUGUACAUGUGUCAUCUACUGAGAUUUGUGAGAAAAACAAGAUAUCCAUUUGUGUCGAAAGUGUUUCUAGUCUUAGUAAAGAAGAUUGGGAUAUGCUAGAAAAAGAUAAUUAUCCCACUAAAAGUAAUUCUACAGAUAGCAAUAAUGAUCUUCAUAAAAUUACACCAUCAAUAAUGCAAAAUGUUGAUAAUACUGAAUUAUUGCCUUCUGAGAUUGAGAAGCAAAAUAAUUCUGUAUCCAAUAUAAAUUUACAAUCAUCUGAAGUUGUAUGUACAAGUGAAAUUAACUUGAACACUGAGAAGAUAAAAAAUAAAAAAGGAAAAAUACCAGAUCAUCAAUCUAAUAAGAUGUCAUUGACAGAUUCAAAAGAAAUAGAUGUGAUUGAAGUCCAGGAGGAUAAUUCUAAGUUGCAAUCUUCGCAGUCGAAUGAAAAGAGACAAACUUCAUUAAUGGAAAAACUAGCUACCAUCGCAAACUUCCAGAAACUGCAGUGCCUUCUGUGUAAACGAAAGUUUACAUCUAUGCCUAAUCUACGUAGACAUGUGGCAAUUCAUAUUGGUUGGAACCGAUAUCGUUGCAAGUUAUGUGAUUUUAAAUCUUUCAUCAAAUGUGAUUGCGUCGCGCAUUGUAACAAAAUACACAAUGCGCAAAACAAUCGUGCAGUUAUAACAGAAUUAGUAAUCGAAAUACCACAGGAUGAAUAUACAUAUAAUGAAAAUAUUGUCAUGGACGUAACUAAUACAGAGGAGAAUGAUCUCAAUAUUAUGGAUAUAUCUUCAUCAUCAGAAUCGGAAAUACAUGUUACAGAUUUAAACAAUUCAAAUACAUGUAAUCAAAAUAAAGCUACUCCUACAAAUGAACAACAAGAGUCGAGUGAAAAUGUUAAACAUCAAGAUAUUGCGAACGAAAAUAAUGAUAAAACUGCAAGAGUACAAAAUUUGGCAGAGUAUAUGAUGAAUAGUGGAUCAGGAGAAUUAGAUGAUCAUGAUCUUAAACGAAUCGUGAUGGAGGUGAUAUUUGGUUCAAGCGAUACAAGUGCAACUGCACAAACAGACUCUGAUAAGUCUGCAAAAGCUAAUAAUAAUGUCACAAAAUGUACAAAUGCUAAUGAAAAUAGUACUGCAUCUGAAACUAAAAAAGCUAAGGAAGCAUCUUGCUCAGUGUCAGAAGAACCUUCUAUGCCUGAUGAUAAUUUGAAACACCAACGUCCUAUACGCAAACGAAUAAAGCUUCUAAAUGAUGAUUUUGUAUAUGAUUUAAAGAAAUAUGCAUUUCGAAAGGAGUGUACUUUUAAUAAUUCUGAAACAUUGCAUAUGCGAAAGAAAGCCAAAUUGUACAAUUGA